UGCUGCUGUCACGGACAAAGGAUGACAUCAGCGCAGCUUCAUUGACAAACACUCGUAUUCAUAUUCACAUGCAGAGCUCCUCCCGGCUUCGUUGUGAUUUUAUCAGAAGAAGAGCCCUCAGGAAAUGCACCGCUGAACGUUUGACACUCGUGCGUGGCGACUGAGAUGCUGUUUCUGGAGCGCUAGCGGCGAGAGACGAGGAAGAGGAGGAGGAAGAGGGGGAGGGGAGCCGAGCCGCGGAGAGAGAGAGAGAGAGAAGCAGGAUUCCAGAAGCACCUGUUCCUCUGCUCUGAUCAUGGAUAUUAACGUCCCAUCUCAGCGCUUCUACUUCCCUCAGAUCUACUGUGAGCCCGGCGUGCCGCUCGCCGACAUCAAGGUCAGCGAGCAGAGCAUCUGUCAGGCCCGCGCCUCCGUCAUGGUCUACGACGACACCAGCAAAAAAUGGGUGCCGAUCAAACCGGGUCAGCAGGGCUUCAGUCGAAUCAACAUCUACCACAACACGAGCAGCAACACCUUCCGCGUGGUGGGAGUCAAACUGCAGGACCAGCAGGUGGUCAUCAACUACUCCAUCGUGAAGGGUCUGAAGUAUAACCAGGCCACACCCACCUUCCACCAGUGGCGUGACGCGCGGCAGGUGUACGGACUCAACUUCGCCAGUAAAGAGGAGGCCACUACCUUCUCCAACGCCAUGCUGUUCGCCCUCAACGUGCUCAGCAGCCAGGACGCAGGUCCAGCUGUUCAACGUCAAGUCCAGAACGGGCCGAGUUCAGAACAACAGAAGGUCAACAGAAGACAAAUAGAAAGUUCAAAAGAACAGCAAAUGGAAAUACAGCAGCAGCAGCAGAUGCAGGCGCAAAUCGAGCGGGAGAGACGAUCGUCCAACUCAGGUUCCCCGUUUCAGGGUCACCCUGCGGUGCUGUCUGUAGCUCCUCCCAUUGUGGCUCCGCCUCCUCUGCCGAUGGGCGGUCCCUGUCCCCCUCCCCCACCCGGGCCGCCGCCCCCUUCCGCCGGAGCUCCGCCCCCUCCCCCACCUCCUCUGCCUGUAGGUGGGUACGGGGGUCACGCCCAGGACGAUAGCCACGCCCCCACGGGUCUCGCCGCCAUGAUCGCCGGAGCCAAACUGCGCCGUGUGCAACGGCCGGAGGAAAACUCUGCGUCCGGAGCCAAAAGUGAAGCGAACCGGAGCAGCGGCGGGAGCGGAGGCCUGAUGGAGGAGAUGAACGCGCUGCUCGCUCGCAGACGGAAAGCAGCGGAUGAGAAGAAGGACGCAGAGAGCCCGAGCGAGGAUCCCGCGUCUCGAGGACAGAACGCUGCAGAUGCAGUGAAGAAGCCGUGGGACCGAGCCAAUUCAGCCGAGAGAGCCGCGCUGGUGUCCAGGGUUCGAGCCGCGGGCAGCAUCAGUGACUCAGACCCCUUAGACUUCGACAGAAUGAAACAGGAAAUCCUGGAAGAAGUGGUUCGUGAACUGCACAAGGUGAAGGAUGAGAUCAUUGAUGCCAUUAGACAUGAGCUCAGCAGAAUCAGCAGCACAUAGUGUGCGUCUCCUCGAGAGCCCAAGCCCUGCAGACCCUGCUGUAGCCUCCAGAGCCGGACGUUACGGCCGCAUUAAAGCACACGGACCCACGCCGUCCUCGUUUUAACACGUCUGCAACGUCCCUGAGCAAGCGCGGACACUCUUCCUGCUGGACCUGAUCUCAGUGGCAGUCUUUUCAGAGUCUUCUGCAGAAACUGAAGAAAACAGAACAAACAUCUGGAGUCCUUUACUUUGUAUGCAUCACCAUUAUUGUUAUUAUUAUUAUUAUUAUUAUAGGUGUAGUAGUCUUUUCAUGUAGCUAGAGGUAGACAUAGGAAUUAAUAAUAAUAAUAAUAAUAAUAAUAAUAAUGAUGAUAUCAUUGCACAUCCCUUUGAUAUUUUUACUGUUUUAAUGUUCCUUAAGAUCAUCAUAAGCACACUUCUCAUUACCUCGGUUUUUUAAGAGUUUGUUUUUAUCCUUUUUGCCAUAAUGAUGUAUGAAAUCACUGAAGGAGGGUUUUUAAAAGCGUUUGAGGAUGCGUAUGAGUUAUUAUCUGACAGACAAACAUCACACACCAGAGUAUUUGUGAUCAUGUUGUUAAUAAAAUGUUUAUUGGCUGCGAGGAUAUGGUGAAGUAUUGUUCUGUUUUAUGAUUUCUUUUUGACCAAGUGCUUCCUGGUUUGAAAAAAAUGAUAAUAAAAGAUAUACAUGACGUGAAA